AUGUGCAUGCGGUGGAGCCUUGUGUGCCGCUCCUGUUUGCUUCUCCCUCUUCCAUCUGUGUGUUGGUGCUGCGGCAGGGCUGUGUGUGUGUGUGCCUGUUGCCGUGGAUUGGAGUGUGUGUCGUGUGUGGUGUGCGGCGUACGGUGCAUGCCUGGCUGCUGCCCUCUCCUCAUGUGGUGUGCCCUCUGUGUGUGUCUGCCGCACCUCUCGUCUCCCCUGUUGCUCUCCAUGUCCCUCACUGUGCAGAUCAGCUCCACACCACUGAACGACCACACUCACGAUGAUGACGUGCCGUCUGCUGUGCGCCCUGUUGGUGCUCGCCCUGUGCUGCUGCCCCGUCGUGUGCGUGA